AAAAUGGAACGGAGGCGUUCCGUUCCAUCGAGCCGCACACGAUUGGUCAAUUUGAAUCGUGACGAACGCCAUGACGUCAAUUGUGACGUGAACCGUGACGUCUUGCUGCUGUCAAUCAUUCCGUGUCGUCUGCUAACGGACGAACGCAACGGAACGGUUGCCGAGUCCGUCCGUUUCGAUAGAACGGAUUAGAACGGCUACCAGACGACUUGGAUUGGAUUAAAACGUAAGCGCUUGGGACAGUUAGCCUCUUUCGUAUCCGGUUCAAUCCAAAUCGGGAAUCCCAACAGUUGGAGAAAAUGGCGUUUUCUUUCUCUGCCGUGUCUUUUCGUGUCGCCUGUGCGGCUGCUGCAGUCGCGCAGAGACGAUGACCCGAGGUAGAUGAUGCAUUUAAAGAGUUGACGGAGGAAGAGAUCCGGCAAUAUUUUCGUCUGUCCAAACGAACAGUGCGUCGCUUGUGCGACGAGCUUGACUCCAUCAUUGGAUGCCAGCGAGCCAGUGGCCUUUCCACAGAAAGGAAGGUGUUGUGCGCGCUGCGAUUUUUCGGCACUGGAAGCUUCCGGAGGAGCGUUGGUCGCGAGGAGCAAAUAGGCAUGGCGCAGCCGGCCGCGAGCAACACCAUCCAGGAGGUGACGGAGGCCAUCAUUUCCGUGUCUGCCCGGAGAAAGUUGGUGGACUUUUCAUUGACACCGGCUGCCAAGGAUGAGGCAAAGGCGGCGUUUGCGCGACGCGGUGCCAUUCCAGGCGUGCUAGCGUGCGUCGACGGCACGUUGAUCGCCGUUAUGAAGCCAGAGGGACUCAGCCCGGCCGACACGGCGAGCUUCAUGUCGAGAAAGGGUUAUUACGCCCUCAACGUCAUAGUCGUGUGCAACUCGGAACUUUGCAUCCUUGUUGUGGACCUCCGGCUCCCUGAUUCGGGCCACGACUCUUGGAUGUGGCAGCAUAAUCCACUGUGUACGCGCCUCGCCGCACAACUGCAGCCUGGCGAGUCUCUGCUUGGUGGCCAGCUACGACUAGUGCCAGGGAGCGCACCUUCUCCAGUAUGCCCUCCUGAGCCGCUGCCAUCCUCUCUGCCGCGAUGGCGAGCCGGGUGGUGGAUUGUUCGAUCCUUCGCAGCACCUGAAAUGAAUAAUUGUGGUGGGAAUUGUUCAUAUGAGUUGCUGAUUACUCGCAACCAGCUCAUCGCUGGAAGCUGUUGUUGUCAAGAAUUGCAACGUGCACAACAAUUGCCCACCUCCCUCGCUGUAGCCACUGUAGUGUCUAUCCUCCUAACACAUCACAUAUCCUAUGGCAAUGCCAUCCAAAACUACCCCCUUACCCAAACCUUCAUCCCUCCCAUCUACCCCUUCCUCCGAGUGGCUGACCGCCGCAACCACCCUUCACGACCAACGAUUCCUUGGGGACUUCAUCGGCCUAGUGCUGAAGCAUGCCGCAAGCGACGCCCUGGACUCAGGGCACUGAUGCAUUUUUUUAUCGCAGAAUAAAAAAAAGUGAUUUCUCUCUCUCUCUGUUGAAGAGCCACUGGCCUGAUGGCAUCCUUUGGCAGUGUCACGCGUCAUGUACAAGCUAUGCCCUCUUCGUUUGGGCAGACAAGGACCUGUUGGAACUACUUUUCAGUCAUCUACUCAAAUUCAUCUCUUACCACCAAACAACCCUUUUCAGGGCCAACCAACCUUUUGCCCGGCUGUUGAUCGUUGGCAAGAUAGGAUACCGAGUCCUUAAUACAACGCAUAUUUCUUAUUUACAUCAAAAGUUGGCUUGUUUUCCAGAUUCAUGAUUCACUUAUGAUAACAGAGCAUAAAUAAUAUUUAUGUCCUUCACGUAAAAUGACACCGAAGGAUCUACCAACCUAAAGCUUCCGACGCUAUUUUCCUGUUCACCAACAGUGUCGCGUUCUGCUAAAGGUACCACUUACAGAUAAUGGCAAACUCUAAGUCGGCACCGUUCAGGAACGCAUGAUAUUACGCCGGCAGUGUGCUUACCUCUUGGUA